AUGCAUCGCUUUUUUGCAGAGCUGGAGCCAUCUCUAUCCGUCACUGAGCAAAACCUGGCAGACCGAGUUAGGUACAUCCUGCGCUCCAACAUAUUUGGUGACGCCGAACUCGAGCGACUACGACGUGAGGCUAUUCCUUCAUCGAAUGGAAAUGCUACGGCUGGGAAUGCGGCGCCACUAGAUGCGCAACAAACUGCAUAUGUGGAUGCUGUCGUCAACAUUCCAUUUGUGGCUAAUUCAGACGAUGAUGGAAUAGUCUUCCACGAACUAGAGAAAAUGAGGAGCAUAUUGGAAGAGUCGAUGCUGGAAACGCGCAGCAUGCCUCUCGAAAAUCGACCGCGACUUCCCCGCAUACCCCUUAGCAAGCGAAAUCGGGCUGUCGUGCGGGCCCUUAACCCAAUGCUGGUGACCUAUUUGGAAGCCAGCCGGGACCUUUGCGAGACGGAUUCAAUUCUUUUUGGCGCCGCACUGGCAGUAUGCCGUAUUAUUGGCGCCAAACUUCCCGUGGCUGGACGUGCUACUCAAAAAAGUAGCGCCAUCCCAGCCUGGAGAAAAAGAAUUGAGGACCGUAUCGCAAAGGCAAGGGCCCUUAUCGGCAGACUGACAAGCUUCAGGUCGGGUAAUAAUAGACCGAGGAUUAUGCGCACCGUUAGGAUGGCGUUUGCUGGGACAAAUAUCAGUUUGUUCCAACCGGAUAUCAUGCAAAAACUAACGGAGCGCAUAGAUGACCUGAAGCAAAAAAUCGCUGCUUGGGGGAAGCGGAUUCGACGAUUUAGCGAGAGGUCAAGGCGGUUCAACCAGAAUCGUCUCUUCCAGAGUGAUCAGAAGAGGCUCUAUAAAUCAUUGGAGCGACCAGAGGUAUGUGGAGCGGGCCCAGGACCGGAUCAGGCCGACACUGUCGCAUUUUGGCGUGGCCUGUGGUCAGAGCCCGUAAACCACAGCGAGGGCCCUUGGAUGGAAGUUGUGGCGAGCCAGAGUGCAAGUGUUACGCCUAUGGACCCCGUCACCAUAACGCCUGAAGACGUGGCUGAGGCGACUAAUUUGAAGCCAGCCUUUCAUUUUUUGUCACAGGAACUGCAGUUUGGAGAUCGAUGUUCUAAGCAAUAG